AUGUCGGACGGCCAGACGAAGCAGUUUGGAAAGGGCCAGCGGACUGUGCCUGCCCAGAAGGCCCAGAAGUGGUACCCCGUGGACGAUCAGUCGCAGCCCAAGAAGGUUCGCAAGACUCUGCGUCCCGCUAAGGUCCGCGAGAGCCUCCAGCCCGGUACCGUCCUGAUCCUCCUCGCUGGUCGCUUCCGUGGCAAGCGUGUCGUCCUUCUCAAGCACCUCGAUCAGGGUGUCCUCCUCGUCACCGGACCCUUCAAGAUCAACGGCGUUCCCCUCCGCCGUGUCAACUCCCGCUACGUGAUCGCCACCUCCAAGCGCAUUGACGUCUCCGCUGUCGACGCCAAGGCCAUCGAGAAGAUCUCCGCCCCUGAGUACUUCACCAAGGAGAAGAAGGCCGAGAAGAAGUCCGAGGAGGCUUUCUUCAAGCAGGGCGAGAAGCCCCAGAAGAAGGUUGUUGCCUCCGCCCGUGCCGCCGACCAGAAGGCCGUCGACCAGUCCAUCCUCGGCAGCAUCAAGAAGGAGGAGUUCCUGAGCUCCUACCUCGCCUCCACCUUCAGCCUCCGCAACGGUGACAAGCCCCACGAGAUGAAGUGGUAA